AUCCCGGCAGAGCAGCGGCGUACUUCGUAAUCAGCUCGCAUUCCGGGAGCCCAGUCGCCGGCCAACCGCGGUUUCGCCCGGCAACAGAAGGGGGUGGAAUAUCAUGUUUGAGGCUGCGCACAGCACCGCUAGAAUCGCAAUCCGGAACCCAACAAGAUGCCAGUGAAGCAGACAAUUCCUAGCAGAUACAUCAAUAGGGCCGACCUUUCGGCUCUGUUGACCAGCUUAUUCGGUAGCAAUUUCGCAGUCAAGGUCUUAGAGGACAGCUACGGGCUAAUAAUUCCUAGAGAGCUGAGUGACACAGAGAUAGCUGGGAUUACACGACCACAGUGAUUCAGGGAUAGCUCUGUUGGAUUUAGCUUGAAGGAGAUGACGACAAAAUUGCCGAUAAAAAUGAAGAAAUUGAGAGAUUCAAUCGAUGGGCUCCGCUGCAAGAACUAUCAAAGCCGGUACUUUGUUCCAAGGCAAUCACUGGUCAAGUUGUUACAGACAGAUAUAAUACAGAGCGAGUUGCGGGGAAUAGUUCCUCUGCAUCAACUACCCGAAAUCGUCCA